AUGCUUGAGUAAUACAAUGAUCAAUUAUUACUAUCUCAAGAUAGCAAAAGAGAUCCAAUAAAUAUGACUUUGACUAGUAUUGAUGAAAACUCUCCAGAGAUAUCCAAUCAUUACUCUGAAGCCAGAAUGUCAACAGAAUCUAACUAUUCUAAUUAAAGAGAUUCAUUGCCCAUGACAUCCUUCAAUAAAACACAGAGCUUAGAUAGGAUGGGAUUAAACAUUAUCAGUACUCUAAAUUAACUAGCAUAGUUCAGUAAUCACAAAAGCUAGCCAAGAGAAGAGAAGAUCAAGUAUUGCCAAAGGUGCGCAGAGAAAAAAGGUUAAGUUAAUUGUGUAGAUUGCGGCAAUAUCACCCUUUGUGUGCAAUGCUCAGAUAUUAUUCAUUCAUUAGGUAUAUUUGUAUCUCAUCGAUUAAAAAAGCUAAGUUAGCCUCUGGCUUAAUCAGAAGUUGGUGAUUAUGAAUUCAUACCAUGCUAGAAGCAUCAAGAUCAGAACUUAGUUAGUUUCUGCACAUACGAUUGGACUCCAUUAUGCAAGCAUUGCAUGAGCGAGCAUUAAGAUCAUUAGUAAGUUAAGUAUAGUAAGGCGUUGGAAUAAUUGAGAAGUGAAUUAAAAUAGAAGCAAAAAAGGCUAAAGAUUAUUUUACAUAACUUGAAACUCACCUAAAAAAAUAAUGUUGAAAUGAAACAAUAUAAUUCAUAAGAUUAUGAUAAGUAAGUUGCUUAAGUUAAGCAAUCUUUUGAUCAGUUGAGAAAUUACCUCAACAAAAAAGAGUCUGAAAUCAUUGAAGUAUUUGAUUAAAACUAGCAAAAGUUUUCAGACAUCAUUAAUGACAUGGAAUAAUAACUUAAGGAUAAAUAUGAAAAAGCUUAAUCAGCUUUGUAUUUUACAGACCAAGCUUUAUUAAAUGCUCAUUUCACUUUGCAUCAAGGUAUCAAUUAUCUCUCUGAGAAACUUUAAAAUACCUUUUUGAGUUGCUGUGAUCUAAAGAGUCUUGAGUAGGAAAAGCCAAUAUACAACUUUGACCAGUAAGAUUUGAUAGUUGAUUUCUAGAAGAUAUUGGAUUCUUGUUUUAAUCAAAGAGACAGUAUAUAGCUACUUCAAAGCAUAUAAAUCAACAAUAACAUCAAUGAUACAAUCAGAGAGUCUUAAGAAAGUAUGAAGUUCUAAGAAACUAACAGGCUAAGUACUGAUAAUGAGAAUUAACCUACAUAAAGUAGAGACAAAUCAAUUCCAUAUAAAUAGAUUUACCAAACAAACCAAAUUGGCAAAACAAUUACUAAUUAGAAUUAUUAUGCGAAGCAUAGAAAAGGGAAUAGUCAUUCUACACUUACAGAUUUCUUAGCUCUAAAGUAGCAUUCAUAAGUACUAAAAGAGAGAAAGAAGAAUAAGAUUCAUGUAAAGCUAGAAAGAAAUUAAGAUUCUUUAAUCUUAGAUGAAAAAACAACGGAUAAAGUUCCAACUAAUUUAACAUAAAACGAAGCAGAACUCAGAUUUACUUUUGGCUAGAAAAAGGAAAAUCAAGUAUUAAUGGUAUCUCAAAUACAUAAUCUAUCACAAAAGCAAAUCGUAAAUCUGGCUCAGAUUGAAAAUUAAAGAUUAUCAGAAGGAGAAAGCUUGAAAAGAAAACUUAGUUCUGCAGCUGUAUAGUAGUUUAAUAGAUAAAGUAAAGAUCUUAAAGACUAAAUGGAUUAACUUUUAGUUAAUAAGUCAAAGCAAAGAAAAAGUUCUAAACCUAUCACAAACAAUGAAAAUCAAGUUAAGCCUCCAAACAUAAUGACUAAAACUCCAGUUUAAUUCUAAUCCUAAGUCAUUUAGGAGACAAAAGAGAGGGAAAGUCCAAAUUCCAAUGUUAGCAGAAGAAAUCAAGCAGAUAAAUAGAAAACUCCCAACUAAUACAAUGCUUCUCUAGAGUUCAAUAGCAAGAAAACUGUAAUUACUCCAAAGAAUUAAGCAGGAGUCCCAAAGAAAGAAUUUUCCUUGCCAUAAUCAAAAAGUGGCCUUAAAAUGUGUAAGCCAUUAGGAUAAUAAUCGCUCCUUCAUGAUAUAAGUCUUUCAAGGAUGCCUACAAUGAGAGAAGAUUCAAUUGAAUUUCAAGGAGAGCAAACCUUUUCCCUUAGAAGAAAUUCAAGGAAUUAAAUUAACUCUCAGCCAAUUAAUAAAUAAUCAACGCAAUAAAAACUAAGCUCGUUGAUAAAUAACUAAUCUUUGCAAUAAUCAUCCUCUAAUUCAAAUCUCAAAGCUUUAAUGAGACCUAACGACUUAACAAAGAAAGAAAUCAAAGAUAUGACACAGGAGCCUUUAAUGAAGAGGAGGUUCUUAGUGAGAGCAAGCUACUCAUCUAGUGUUCAAGUUUCAUGGAGCCAUCCUAAAGGUAGCAAUAUAGAAGGACUUAGAUACAUCCUAGAAUACGGUGUAGGCAUCAAAGUCAAUGGUCACGAGUAAUUCAGAUAAAUAUAUAAAGGAAAAGCAUUCAAAUGCAUUGUUACAGACCUUAUUCCUAAGACAAACUAUAGGUUCAGAGUAGCUGCUGUAAUAAUAAAAGAUAAUAAAGAAGAAGUAGGUGAAUGGAGUGAUGUUGAGAGUGUAUAGACAUCAGAUAUAUAGUAGAUUGAUUUCAAUAGUCUCUAUAAUGUAGCAGUAUAUACUCCAAUAGUAAAAAGUUAAAGUUCAAACGUAGUUAAUCAGUCUAUUGUAAUGAAUUAAGGAAACCAAACAGCGACCUUACAACAACUAUAGAAUAACCCAAUAGGUGGUGAAAGAUGGAUCCAAUUUGAAAGGCCAGGUUUAAUUCAUUCCCUUAACUCACUUUGUUUUGGAAAACAUUAUUGGAGUGUCUCAGUUCUAUACACUUAAAACUUAAAUUUAAAUAAUGAAGAAUUCUCUGGUCUGCUAAAACUUGGACUCUUCUCUAAAAAUUCAGCUGCUCAGAAGAUAUAUGGCCCAGUAAUAAACUAUUCAACUUCUAAAGGUCUCAUUAAGGUGAAAUUCUUUUUAGACUACGAGUAAAAAUAAUUAAAGGUUUACACACAUUCAAACCCCAAGGGUGAAAUAUACCCAGACAUUCCAGAAUUAGGUCUUUUCCCUUCAGCCUAAAAUAUGACGAUGAGAAGCAAAAACGCUACUCUGAGAGUCUCAUUCGCCUUUGAUCUCCCUGCCUUCGAAUUCAACAAUGAGACUGGAUGUAUUAAAGAUUUGUGA